UGCUUUUCUUUCUUUUUUUUUUUUUUUAAUGUCAUUGCGUUUUAAUACCAAUUUGUUGUUAAAGUUAAAGUUAACAAAUGAGAGACGCCAUAUCAGCCGCAUCAUUUUCGAUCCAAACGAUUGUAACAUGGCUCUCCCCACCCUCCCCACUUACGUGCCCUACCGGCAACGGGCACUUGGUAUACAGCUGGCCUGGAAGAGGGAGCAACAAUUUCGGAGGCGGGAGCAGUUGGCUCUCAACGCCAAGUACUUCAGGGAGCAGAGUUUCCGCAAUCAUUUCCACUCCGAGUGGACUUCUCGCCACUACUUCGAGCAGAGUAUGUCAGCAUAUUGUCAACAGAAAGUGGAGGAUGACAAAAUGAACAGUCUGGAAGAGCGCAGGACGCGUCUCAAGCAAAUGCUCGGAGAGGAGCAAAAGCAGCUGGACUCGGAGCUCAAGCGUCUGCUACCUCAUGGCGACGCCCUGGUGAAAAAAGCAGAUGUGCAACACUCGUUAAGAGAGGAGAGGCGAAAAAAGCUCGCGCUGGAGCUUCUGAAGGAGCACCGUAAGAGAAACAACCCUGAAUUGCAACAGGAUAAGACGGCCUCACAUCAAAGUCGUGUCGUCGACCAGUGUCAAGUACAAAUAUCUGAAAAGAAACGGCAAGAAGUGGGGACGCGGGAGUCGCGUCGCUUUCAAAACGCAUGUGAGGGGACCCGCAACGAAGACCUGGAGAAGAACAAACUGGCAGGGGAAAGCAGGAAUGUUGAAGAGAGCGAGAGAGCACAAAACAUUCACAAACGAAUGGAAGAACUGAAGCUGAUGGAAGAAGAGGCGACUCAUCUAAAGAAGGAGGAAGAUGUUCUGCAAGUCAAGCUGUGGGAGCUGGACAAGAUGGAGGUAGAGAGGAAAACAAUUGAGGAAAGGCGCAAGAAGGCUGACAUGCGGCAUUUCCUGGUCCGACAAUAUAGAGCUCAGCUGAGGAGGAGAGCCCAGCUGGUGCAGGAAGAACUGCUGUCUGACCAUAAGAUCCUGGCAGCCUUGCUGAAAGGGGAGAAAGAGGAGGUCAGGAUGGAAAGGGCCUUCGCUGAUGCUGCCUGGAUGAACCGCGUGAUUGAGGAGCAGCUUCAGCUGGAGAGAGAGCGCGAGGCCGAGUUGGACUUCCUUCACAGAGAGGAUGCCCAACGUGUGUGGGAUAACCGAGAAGCGACUUGGGAGAGGGAGAGAAAAGCCAGAGAACUACUCAUGCGUGAGGUACUCGCGGGAAGACGACAGAAGCUGGAGCUGAAAAUGCAGAAAAACCGCGAGGCUCAAUUAGAGUCCCUGAGGAGACGAGAGGAGCUGAUCCGAGAGCUGGAGAAGGACAAAGAGCUCAGGCGCCGGGAGAGGGAGAAAGAGCAGAGCCGUAGAGCAGAACAGGUGGAGCGGGAGCUCCAAGAGCAGUGCAGGAUCGAGGAACUACGGGAGGAGAUGGACGCUCACCUCGAUCGGGAGGAGGCGCUCAAGCGGAGUAUUGUCAGUCGAGCUUACCAGCCGCAGAUAUACAGUAAGCCUCGAGUAGUAUGGACAUGAAUUGAUAGGAAAAUCAUUGUAUUCCUUAUUGGAAUUACCUUUGCUGCCUUAUGUAAAAGGCCUGUGUGCCAUCUUUGUGAAAUCCAUUUUUAAGAGUAUAUUUUGAAUCCUCAAUUUGUAGAAGUGUUUUUCAAUAAACCGUUCC